GGCGGUAAUCUACUAAAUUCGAUGGCGGAAAAGCUCGGCCUUCCAAAUGCAAAUACUUUCAAAGACGCACACUCGAAAAGAGUUCAAAAACUGCCUGGUCGUGGAGGGUUUAGAACUGGUAUUUCAUUACGGGUACCUUUCAAAAGCCAAUCAAGCCUGUUCGGGUCAGGGUCGUCCCAAGAUAGACUCAUGCUUUUUGUGUCAUUUCCGUAUUUCGGGAAAUCUAGCCGUGAGAUCCAAUUGGGCGCGGAGAGCGAGAGCGUCAGACUCUUAGAUUUCAAACGCCUGGGAGCUCAUUCCCCAAGCGGGAGGCCCCGGGUGCCCAGGGGGGGUAGAACUGAGAUAGGAGAGAUAUUAGUGCACCAGGCACGAUAUAUGAUAUUUGAUAACAGUAAGUUAUACUUUUUGUCUGUCUCCUGCUGACUCAAGCAUCCUUGCUAAUGCAGUUCCUGAAGAUACAAUGGCAGUAUUUAGAUCUAAAGAGGAUAGCGCUAAAGAUAAGGUUCCACUUCACCGCUUUCAAGAGCGUACCGGAGCCAUCCGUGCAAUGAUUCAUAUGAUUGCCAAUCGUAUGGACCCAGAAUUAUCAGUUGCAGGAAGCCUUCAAGCCUCCCUGUGCAAAAUUGUUAGUUUAUUCUCUCCGUGGCUGAAGAUAUCUGUGGCUAAUUCCCGAGGAUUAUUAGGAGGAGGAUAUCGAUCAAAUGAUAUCAGGUGCGAGGACCCCCGCGGAUGACCAAGGUGUGAAAGAGCUCUUCCGCUGAUGUACUGCCACCCCUAAAAUUACUACUAGAAACGGUAUCCCCCAAACUCGAGCCAGUGCGACAGAACAGCAAUCGCACAGAAAUCCUCACCUCUCUUAACAGACUUUCGGCGGACUUGUUUGCCGCUAUUACUGUUGCUGGAAGACAAAUUGAGAUUCUUCAGGGCCUACACAGCGUGUUUUCGGAAAGUUACCGAUCGGAAACUAGCAAUCGCGAGGAAGGAUCUUCACUCCGGCUUAAUCUCUUCCCCAAGGGUCUUGUUCCCGUUCCUGUCCCGGUUAAAAAUCCUGAGCAGAUAUGGCCGAAUACCUUGGAUGCUAUCUGUGGGGCGGUCCAAGAAAGGAAAUCUUUCAUCAAGCAAAUCGAGAAGUUGGUAGAGAAUAUGGAUAUCAGGAGAAAAAUUGUAUAAAUCCCAAGUCUAAUCUCAACAAGAGUGCUGACGACCUAGUAGCUCAUUGGAUUCUUAGAGUCUGGCCACGCUGAAAAAGCAAUAGAUGCGGUUAAGCGCAUAGAACAUACUAUCAGGGAGAGCCAGGCCACACUUGCGGAGCAAGACAAAGCCUUGCUUGGUUUCACCUUCGUUACUAUAGUCUUUCUCCCUCUUAAUUUUUGCACUUCGGUAUUUUACCUCCUGUCCGUGGAAUGGGUGUUUUUCUGACAAGAAGCAUUGCCAGUAUUUCGGCAUGAACAACAUAAAGGAAUUCACCAAAGAUCCCCUAUCCAAAAUUGAUUUCUGGAAUUUCGCGCUCCCAUUCACUACGGUAACGCUACUCGCUUUAAUACUGCCCAUCACCUGGAAGCGUGGGCUAGCGGUAGAAUUUAGAGCCCUUAUAAUGGAACUAAAUCUAUAUCCCAGGAGAAAGAGAGGCGAUAUCGAGAAUCAGAGUUCGCCUACGCUUUAUUUGCAAGAAGAGACUUCGAGCCGCUCACCCGGUGUAUCACAAUUACUCUACCCCUCUAUCAUUGGCAGCGCCAUCUCAACGAAUGGGAUGCCAACAACACCUCCGCAAAUAUCUACGGAUCCUAGCCCUUGCCCAGAAUCAUUGGCACAGAAUUUAGCUCCUCAGGGAACCCAGCGUCAAUUGCCACUACAAGACCCGGCAGCUGAGCCCCCAGUGUGCCCAGAGGGUCCAGGACCACGGGCGCCAGUCGCACCUACCCCACCGAGACCUCUAUCCUUAGGCCAAGAAACUGAAAUACAGCCAGUAACAGCACCCCUGUCGGUUGGAUUACUGCGGCCUCCUUCUCCUUGCCCACCCUCACCACAACCACCGUCUCCGACUGGGACACACUCGACAAACCCGGCCGGCCAGGCAUCGUCGACCAGCACGAGGGAUUCGAAUACGGCUUCCCCUCCGCUACCAACUGUGCUGGAACCGAAUAUUUCGGCACCUCCAGCAGCCCCCAGAAAUCCGGCCUCCGAUACCGCAUAGGCAAGGCGGUGAUGCGGGGGAUAAAGGAUCCAAUAGCCAAUCUCCGCCAAUCAAGCGAGCAGCAGCGGCAACUAUUGCGAUCUUAAAACGAGAAGGCUGAGGGAACGCGGGAUUUAACAGUCAAUGAAAUCUCCAAGGCCUGUCCGUGUCGUAUAGGCGGUGGUAGAAAUAUCAUGAUUAGAGGAUAUAUAGGGGCCGGGGAAGGAGGGAUUUGUUCCUUCAAUAUGUAUUUUUUGUGCGUUAGUUUUUAAUAUCGUUUGAGUUGA